AUGAGCAAACGGUUAGCGAAACUGCACAAACCGUGCGAUAAGCUGGACAAAUAUGACAACGAACCGUACAUGCAGAACCCGCUGCUGAAGUUGUUCCUGUCCGAGGUGAAGGAGCGGCGCCAUUACAGCUUCAUCCGUCGAAAAGCAGCGCAGGAGAAGAUAAAAAUUUGCCGUAGUAAAACGAUCGAUUACGAGGACGUGAUACCACGACCCCAGUCGUAUUAUGCGGAACAACUGCGUGAACAUGCCCGGCGGGCACCCGUUCCAAAGAUGCUUACCACCACGGAGGAUAAGAUCCUGUCGUACGUCCCGAAGCGCCUUCGCACGCAGUACCCGACGGUGUUGUCCGCGUAUAUGACCGAGGUGCACGCCGAGUUCGACAAGGUAAUGAAGGCGUACAGCUGCCAAAAGAUCCUGAAACCAGGUCCGGACGAUUACGUGCCGGAACGGGUACGGUUCGAGUUCAAGCGUGUAGGCCGGACGGAAAACUUCCGGCAGUAUCUUCGCAACCGGGCGUACAUUCAGAAGAAUCUGCUGCUGCCGUAUCCUUUCGUGCGUUGUAUCGUCCACUACGCCUACACGGAACUGCCGGAGUAUCUGAAUGAUUACGCGCGCUACCGUGAGGAGGACGAGAUCACACUGAAUGAGCUGCGUGAUCUGAUCAAGAAGGAUCUACAGGCGGUCGGUGCGGUGAUCGAGGAGCGAUGGUAUCCCAAGAUUGUGGCCGUCCUGAAGAAGCAUUACGAGCGUCGCACCUUACCGAAGUCGAUGUGGCCCAAGGUGUUGAGUUGUGCCGGUGGGCUUAUCAACCGACUGCUGAAUGAGAUGAAGCUACGGACGAUCCGGCAUUUGCAGGAGACGUUGCUCAACGUGCGCCAGAUCCCGCAGAUGAAGAUCCUGGCGAUCUGUGACGAUGGCAUCGAUCUGUUCCCGAGCUUGAAUGACAUCUACAGUGUGUACCAGAACGCGAUCGACGAGGUUAUGGCGGUUGGUAAGCGAUUGGAUUGCCUCGAAAUGCUUAUCGAUGGGGCCAGCUUCGAUCCGGAUAAAAUGCUGCCCCAUUUGCGCGUGGGAAUCGCCGAGCUGUGCGUCGAGGAGGCUCACUCUCAAGUGCAAGAGGCUUUGAGGACAGCAUUCGAGCCGCUGGCGAAAUACUUGAGCGAUUUCCAGGAGCAGUUUGCGGGGCUUCUCUGUCCGGACACCAAGGCUGAGAUGGAUGAGUUCCUUUCGGAGCCACGAUCGUUCGAGGAGUACACCGCCAAGAACGACAUAUUUCAGCGGUACAUGGAGAAGAUCCGCGCCAUGGUGCAGAAGGAGUACUUUCCGAUGGCGAUCGUCAACCAGUCGGAUGCCAUUGGCAGUCUGGUGAAAAUCGUCAGGGAGUACAUCGACAGCAUUGCGAAGAAAAUUGAAGAAAUGUAUGGGCGCGACACAGAACAAAUCUGCCGGGAGUUCGAGGAAAUAAAGGAACGGGCGUUGGAGAUUCCGACCUCAACGGAACAGCUGAUGGCGAACGGAGAGUAUAUGACGCGUGUCAAGACGGACAUCAUCGACGAGCUGCGGGACAAGAUCCAGUACACUCUACGUAUCAAUGCUUACCUGGUCGAGCUGAAGGAUCUCAAACCUGAACACAUCGCGCAACAGGUGGAGGCCGUCAAUUGGUACUUCCGCAUACAGUCCGUGUUCGAGGUGAACUCAACCAACUUCGAGCAGUACAAGUUUUCGUUCGAAGAAAAGCUGCAAGAGGUAACGAAACAUUUGAUUGAAAGAACGGAAGAAAUGAUACCGCACAUCGCCAUCAUCAACGACAUGACGGAGACGGAGAAGUUUAGGGACUACAUAGUCGUCCUGCACGGCUUUAUGGAUCAGAUCGCUGUGUUCGAGGACUACGUUAAAUGGAUCAAUAAGGAGGAGUUGCUGUUUAAAUUUCCGGAAUCUCAAUACGCGGUGCUGAAAGCCAUCGAUUCGUUUGUGCGUCCAUUCUAUGGCCUUAUUCGGUUGUGUAUACGUUGGUUGCGUUACUAUAACGUUUGGAUGGAUGGUCCGUUCGAGUAUCUGGAGCCACACUUUGUGGAGGCAAAAACUGAGGAAUUUUUAAAAGCAUUUCAAAACACCCAAAAAGAAUACCGCAAUCGUAUCAAGGCGGAUAUGCUUGAGAACACGCUGUGUAAGUUUAAGGGACAAACAGAAGACCCCGAUCCAGAGAAGCAUCCCUGUCCGUUGAAGCUAUGCGCAAGAAUGAGUCAAUCGAUCAGAGACUUCCACCUCGGGGUGUACGUGGUGAAGAUCAUGUGCAACUCCGCGUUGAAAGAUCGCCACUGGGAUGAGAUGUCCGAGAUCGCUGGAUUUGACCUGACACCGGAUGCCGGCACGACGCUGCGUAAAAUUAUCGACUACAAACUGGACAAGGAUUUGGACAAAUUCGAGAUCAUCAGCAUCGGUGCGAACAAGGAGCUGGCGUUGCAGCAGACCCUUCAGGCAAUGAUUGCCGAGUGGGAGAACAUUACGUUCAAGCUGAACGCGUACAAGGAUACGGGCAUCAGCAUCCUAACCGGUUUGGAUGAUAUCCAGGCUGUGCUGGAUGAUCACAUCAUGAAGACGCUGGCAAUGCGUGGUUCGGCGUUUGUAAAACCAUGCGAAAAGGAGGUGAAAGAGUGGUACCAGACGCUGACACGGGUGAACCGCACCAUCGACCAGUGGGGUAAGGUGCAGGGCAGCUGGCUGUAUCUGCUUCCCAUCUUCUCCUCGAAGGACAUCGUAGCACAAAUGCCAAACGAAGGCAGGAUGUUUCAGCAGGUUGACAAAACGUACCGUAUGUACAUGAAAACGGUGGAGUCGACCCGCUUCGUGAUUGGAGUGGCUGCCGCCAAGGGCGUCCAGGAGGCGAUGGAGCAAUCAAACGAACUCCUGGAAGAGAUCACGAACGGUGUAAACGAGUAUCUGGAAAAGAAGCGACUGUUUUUCCCGCGCUUCUUCUUUCUCUCCAACGACGAGAUGUUGGAAAUUCUGUCCGAAACCAAGGAUCCACUGCGAGUCCAACCGCACCUGAGCAAGUGCUUCGAAGGUAUCAACCGGCUGGAGUUUGACGAGCGGCUGGACAUUCGAUCCAUGUUCAGCAUCGAAAGAGAGCAGGUACAGUUCGUCCAGCCAGUGUCGACACUGGAAGCCCGAGGAAGCGUAGAGAAGUGGCUCUCCUGGGUGGAAUCGUCGAUGCUCGAAGCCAUCCACACCGAGAUGAGCGCCUCGUACAAGGCGUACCCGGAGAAAACGCGCUGCAAAUGGGCUCUGGAUUGGCCCGGUAUGAUCGUGCUGUGCGUGUCGCAGAUCUACUGGGCCGCGAACAUCCACCAGUGCUUCCGGAAGCGCAACAAAACGCUUAUACUGGACCUGUUCGAGCGCCUGCAGGUGGAGCUGAUGGACGUGGUUGCGCUGAUGCGAUCGAAAGACCUCUCCAACCUUCAGCGCAUCACGGUGAAGGCGCUGAUCGUGAUCGAUGUGCAUGCGAAGGACGUCGUGCAGGAGCUGAUCAGGAAUCGCGUCAGUUCGGAGAAUGAUUUUCAGUGGCUGGCCCAGCUGCGCUACUAUUGGGAAGGCGAGGAGACGGGCGUGUCGGUGAAGAUCAUCAACGCGGCGGUUCGGUUCGCCUGCGAGUAUCUGGGCAAUUCUGACCGGCUCGUAAUCACUCCGCUGACCGAUCGCUGCUAUCGCACACUGAUGGGCGCCUACCAGCUCCACCUCAACGGUGCGCCCGAAGGUCCUGCCGGUACGGGCAAGACAGAAACAACCAAGGAUCUUGCCAAAGCACUCGCUGUACAGUGCAAGGUGUUCAACUGCUCCGACGGGCUCGACUACAAGGCGAUGGGUAAGUUCUUCAAAGGACUCGCUUCGUCCGGCGCGUGGGCCUGUUUCGACGAGUUUAAUCGCAUUGAGCUGGAGGUCCUCUCCGUCGUGGCUCAGCAGAUCCUUUGCAUCGUGCAAGCCGUCCGUGGAGGCGUGCAGAAAUUCAACUUUGAGGGCACAGAGCUAACGCUCAAUCCGGCGUGUUACGUGUGCAUCACGAUGAACCCGGGGUACGCCGGACGGUCGGAAUUGCCAGAUAACUUAAAAGUGCUCUUCCGUACCGUGGCCAUGAUGGUGCCGGACUACGCGAUGAUCGGUGAGAUUUCGCUCUACUCGUUCGGGUUCACUAACGCGCGGACGUUGGCGGUCAAAAUUGUUACCACGUAUCGGUUGUGCUCGGAGCAGCUGUCGUCGCAGAAUCACUACGACUACGGUAUGCGAGCGGUGAAGACAGUCUUGCAGGCGUGCGGCAACCUGAAGAAAGCCUUUCCAGACGAUGACGAAGAGAUCAUUUUGCUACGAUCACUGCUGGAUGUCAACCUGCCCAAGUUCCUCGCGAAGGACAUCCCGCUUUUCGAGGGUAUUAUCUCGGAUCUGUUCCCCGGUGUCGAACUCCCGCAAGCGGACUAUGCUGCUCUCGAGCGAUCAUUCCGCGAAGUGUGCGGCUUGUUUAACCUCCAGCCGAAGGAUACCUUCCUCACCAAAGUGAUCCAGACGUACGAGAUGAUGAUCGUGCGACACGGUUUCAUGAUGGUCGGCAAGCCAUUCUCCGGCAAAUCGAUGACGCUGCGUGUCCUCGCUGCUUGUCUAGCUAUGCUGAGCAGCACCCGCUCCGGUAAUCCUUACUUCCAGAACAUCCAGCUUGAGGUGGUAAAUCCGAAAGCGAUCACGAUGGGACAGCUGUACGGGGCGUUUGAUCCGAUCUCGUACGAGUGGACGGACGGUAUCGCGUCGACGAUAUUCCGCAAACACGCCAUGGACACCAGCACCGACCGGAAGUGGCUCGUAUUCGACGGACCAGUCGAUGCGGUUUGGAUCGAGAACAUGAACACGGUGUUGGACGACAAUAAGAAGCUUUGUCUCACGUCUGGCGAAGUGAUCACGAUGUCGAGCGACAUGUCGAUGAUCUUCGAAGUGAUGGAUCUGGAGCAGGCCUCUCCGGCGACCGUUUCGCGGUGUGGUAUGAUUUUCAUGGAACCCUCUGUGAUCGGAUGGGAAUCGUUCGUGGAGUCGUGGAUUACACGGUGCGACAAUAGCUGGACAGCCGACUGGCACGAUCUGCUGCUGGAGCUGUUCCGUUGGUUGAUACCGGAUUGUCUGGAGUUCAUUCGGUAUCACGGCCAUCAGUAUCUGCAUCCGGGCGAUAUCAACCUACUGAUGGCGACUAUGCACAUCUUCGAGAUGAUCAUCAAUGAGGCUUGCCACGAGAGCCCGGAUGAAUAUAGCAAGUAUUUGUUUACCUGGUUCCAGGCUGCGAUGAUGUACGCUGUGGUGUGGGGCCUAGGAGGCAUACUGGACAUGGAGUCUAAGAUGAAGUUUGAUGAAUUUUAUCGUGAAAUUUGGAAAGGCACCGACGAACAUCACCCCGUACCGGAAGUGGUUGGAAAGAUUGAUGUAUCCAUGCCGGGUGAGGGUAUGAUAAUCGAUUACGUGUACUAUUUCAAGCAGAAAGGAUCCUGGCGCUUCUAUCCUGAUAUGGUUCGGCAGAUGAAAAACGAAGUCGGUUUUACUCUUCUCGUGCCGACGCUCGAUUCCGUGAGAUAUAUGCAUAUUCUAGAUAUACAUAUAAAGAAUAAGAAACCAUUGCUGCUAGUCGGUCCUACCGGAACCGGUAAAACAUAUUACAUUCAGAAUUACAUGAUGAGCAAGAUGGAUCAGGCGGAGCGUCUACCAACGUUUAUCACCUUCACGACGCAGAUCACAGCCAACCAGACACAAGAUUUGAUCAUUUCCAAACUGGUAAAGAAAAAACGUGGCGUUUAUGGACCACCGUCGGGAAAAACGUGCGUCCUGUUCAUCGAUGACAUGAACAUGCCGGUGAAAGAAGUUUAUGGGGCGCAACCCCCCAUCGAACUGAUGAGACAGUACUUCGACCAGGCGCAUUGGUAUGAUCUAAAGGACACCACGAAGGUGUACCUGCAAGAUAUCCUAGUAAUGGCUGCCUGUGGAUUGGUGGGUGGAAGCCGGCAGGAUGUGUAUGAACGGUUCUUGUGUCAUUUCAACAUCUUCGCAAUUAGUAAUUUCAAUGAUGAAACGAUGUUUAAAAUUUUCUCUGCCAUCCUGCUCGAUGGGUACAAGAAAGGAGGCCACGCAUCCGACGUUAUCAAUAUGGUGAACAUGAUCGUGAAUGCAACGCUUGAUACGUACCAGUUUGCAUGCGCCAAGUUGCUACCAACGCCUGCCAAAUCGCAUUACAUCUUUAACCUGCGAGAUGUGCUGCGUGUUAUUAGCGGUUGUUCGAUGUUGAAGCGGGAGUCAGUGGAGAGCAAAAAGAUCUUCCCGAAGUUAUGGCUACAUGAGAGCAUGCGGAUUUUCUACGAUCGCCUAAUAAACGAUGCCGACCGCAUGUUUGUGUUCGAUAAGUUGCUGGUGAAUAUGAAAACAUUUUUCAAAGAGAAACCGGAGGCUUUACUGCCAGAGCUAUUCGACGAGGCUACGGGACAGGUUCAGAUCCAUAGCUUAAACAACCUCAUGUUCGGUAGCUACUUCGAUGCGGAUGCCGAAACUGAAGAACGCAAGUAUGAGGAAACGCAACACGUGGAACAGCUGCGUGAUCUGGCGGGAAAAGCACUGAUCGAGUUCAACAGCUCCCAAAAGGCUAAGAUGGAUAUAGUGCUGUUCCAGUACGCUUUGCAGCAUCUAAACAAAGUGUGCCGCGUGAUCUCUAUGGCAGGUGGUAGUUCCCUGUUGAUCGGGAUGGGCGGAUCUGGUCGUCAGUCGCUUACGAAGCUUGCGUCUCAAAUUUGCGGACAGUCCUUGUUCCAACCGGAGAUUACAAAGUUCUACGGAUUGAACGAGUGGCGUGAGGAUUUGAAGAAAGUGCUCAAAGAAGCGGGUGGUCUUGGUCGCGAUACUGUUUUCCUACUGACCGAAGCUCAACUGCAAGAGGAAGCAUUCUUGCAGGACAUCGAUUGCCUGUUGAACCUCGGUGAGGUACCAAACAUUUUUGCGAUCGAUGAAAAGCAGGAAAUCCUUGAGAUGGUGCGACUUGCUGCUCAAGGAGGCAAUCGCAAUCUCGACAUUAGCCCGCUGGAAGUGUUCCAGUUCUUUGUAAAUCGUUGCAAACAGAAACUGCACAUUGUGAUCUGCUUCAGCCCGAUCGGAGGAGCUCUGAGGACGCGCAUCAGGAUGUAUCCAUCCCUGGUGAAUUGUUGUACAAUUGACUGGUACGAUGCGUGGCCCGAGGACGCGUUGGAGAAGGUGGCCGAGAAGUAUAUGAAGGAGUUGAACGUAUCGAACGAAGUAAAGAAGUCUAUCGUGGUUUUGUGUAAACAUUUCCACGUGAUUGCACGCGAUGUCUCGGCACAAUUUACGCUUGAAACUGGACGCAUAACGUACAUCACGUCCGCAUCCUACCUAGAGCUGAUCAAAUCAUUCCGCAAUCUCACCCAAAAACAUCAGUCGGAGAUAAUGAACAACAAGUUGCGCUACCUCGGUGGGUUGGAUAGGUUGAGUGCAGCGUCUGACGCCGUCUCCAAGAUGCAAAUCGAAUUGAACGCACUGCAACCGACGCUGAUUGUGAUGGCAGAGAAUUCUCGCAAAAUGACCGAAGAAAUCGAGAAGGAAUCACUCGAGGCAACGGCUGCAACAGAGCAGGUUAAAAAGGACGAAGUGGUCGCGAACGUACAGGCAGCCGAAGCCCAGGUGCUAAAGGCGGACUGCGAGAAGGAUCUCGCUGGAGCUAUACCGAUUUUGGAAGAAGCUAUUCAAGCGCUAAAUACACUAAAACCAACCGAUAUUACGCUGGUGAAGUCCAUGAAGAACCCCCCAGAGGUGGUAAAGCUCGUAAUGGCGGCCGUCUGCGUUAUGAAGGGUAUUACACCUGAUAAAGUGGCUGAUCCUGCUACAGGCAAGAAGAUGCUCGACUACUGGGGACCUAGUAAAAGAUUGCUGGGAGAUUUGUCCUUCCUGCAGACACUGAAAGAUUUCGACAAGGACAACAUUAACCCCGACACUAUGCGCAAAAUCCGCAAGGACUUCAUCCCACACAAAGACUUCCAACCGCACAUCGUGGCGAAAGCAUCGAGUGCGGCCGAGGGUCUGUGUAAGUGGAUCAUUGCGAUGGAUUUGUACGACGCGGUGGCGAAGAUCGUCGCGCCGAAAAAGGAAAAGUUAAAGCAAGCCGAAAAGGAAUACUCCGAAACGAUGGCGAUCCUCAACGAAAAACGUUUGCUGGCAGCGAAUCUGGAACGCCGUGUGGCCGAACUGAAUGACAACCUGGAGAUAGCUAACCGCAAGAAACAGGAAGUCGAGGACGAGGUUCAGCUGUGCAAGGACAAACUGCAACGUGCGGAAACGCUGAUCGGUGGGCUUGGUGGCGAGAAGACACGUUGGAUAGCGUCAGCAGAGAAUCUGCAACGACUGUACGACAGUCUAGCCGGCGAUAUAUUGGUCUCAAGUGGAGUCAUUGCAUACCUUGCUCCUUUGACGGCUACUUACAGAAGUCAAUGCAUCGGCGAGUGGCACGAGCUGUGCAUUGCCAACAACAUUCCCUGCUCUCCCGAAUACAAUCUGGUGGAUGUCCUCGGGUCGAGAAUAAAAAUUCAGAACUGGAACAUUGCCGGACUGCCGACAGAUGCGUUUUCGACUGAGAAUGCGAUCAUCAUGGAUUGUACGUCGCGGUGCAGCUUGUUCAUCGAUCCGCAACUGCAGGCGAACAAGUGGAUACGGAACAUGGAGCGAAGCAACCACUUGGUGGUGGUUAAAUUUUCUCAGUCGGAUUAUAUGAAAAAAAUUGAGGGAUGCAUUGAACAAGGCUACCCGGUAUUGGUGGAAAAUGUGUUCGAGGAACUAGAGGCACCCUUGGAUCCGCUGCUCAACAAGAACACGUACGUCCAGGGUGGCGUGGAGUACAUAACGCUGGGAGAUAAUGUAAUCCCGUUGUCCCCAAAAUUCCGGCUGUAUCUAACGUCAAGCCUACGCAAUCCGCACUAUCUGCCGGAGGUGUACAACAAAGUGACGGUGAUCAAUUUCGCACUCACUAUCCAAGGCCUCGAGGAUCAGCUGUUGGGCAUCGUUGUGGCUAAGGAGCGCCCUGAUCUGCAGGAGCUGCGUCAAAGUUUGAUCCUGCAGGGUGCCAAAAACGUCGCCAUGCUCAAAGACGUGGAAGAUAAAAUCCUGAAGACACUGUCCGAGUGCAAGGGAGACAUCCUGGAGGACGAGAGUGCGAUCAAAAUCCUGGACGAUUCGAAACGCAUCUCAAGCGACAUCGUGAAAAAGCAAGAGGAUUCACGAGAGAUCGAACAGAAGAUAGAAGCCUUCCGGGAGAGCUAUCAACCGGUGGCUGUGCAUUCGUCGACGCUCUACUACUGCAUCACAGAGCUACCGAACGUGGAUCCGAUGUACCAGUUUUCAUUGGCAUGGUUCGUGAAUCUGUACAUCUACUCGAUCGAAAAUGCGAAUCGCACAAAGGAUCUCUACCGACGGUUGAAGUACCUGAUGGAUGCGGUCACGCUAAAUCUGUACAACAAUGUCUGCCGUUCGCUAUUUGAAAAGGACAAACUGUUGUUUUCCUUCAUCCUAACGACAAAGAUUAUGAUCUCCUGCAAUCAGAUCGAUCAGCUGGAGUUCAAGUUUCUGCUCAGUGGUGGCGAAAAAGCAGAUACCUCGCGACACAACCCAGACGAGAGCUGGAUCACCGGUAAGCUGUGGGAGGACGUGUGCCGUCUGGAGCAACUGCCCGAUUUUGCGGGUUUCGUUGAGAGUUUUGCAGCCAAUCGACCGCUUUGGCGAGCGUAUUAUGACGCAGAAGAACCUCAACUACUGAAGCUUCCCGCACCUUGGGAAGAAAAAACGAACCGCUUCGAGAAGCUGAUCGUGCUAAAGACGGUGCGUCCGGACAAGUUUGUGCUUGCGAUUACGGAGUUCGUCGCAUCCGAGAUGGGUCCUCCGUACGUCGCACCUCCACCGUUCGACAUUGCGCGUUCGUAUGAGGAUUCCAAUUGCCUGACGCCACUGAUCUUUAUCCUGUCCCCAGGAGCGGAUCCAAUGAACGCGCUGCUCUUGUACGCGGAAAAAAUGGGAUUCGAUGAGACGUUCCAGUCGAUCUCACUUGGACAGGGACAAGGUCCGAUUGCGCAACGAAUUAUCGAACGCGCUCAGGAUGAGGGCAGUUGGGUGUGUUUACAGAACUGCCAUCUAGCAGCCUCGUGGAUGCCUACGCUAGAGUUCCUAUGGGAGAACAUGGACCACUACAACACAACGACUACGUUCCGGUUGUGGCUUACAAGUUAUCCUUCGGAGCAGUUUCCGGCCAGCAUUCUGCAGAAUGGCAUCAAGAUGACCAACGAACCUCCGACGGGUUUGCAACAGAACCUACUCCGUUCGUACCACUCGGAACCAAUGAACGACGAUACGUUCUACACUGGUUGUCCAGGAAAAGACCGUGCCUUUUCGAAGCUGCUCUUUGGUGUGUGCUUCUUUCACGCGGUCGUCCAAGAACGCCGCAAAUUUGGUCCACUCGGAUGGAACAUUUCGUACGGAUUCAACGAGUCAGACUUUCAGAUUUCGGUUCUACAGCUGCAGUUGUUCAUCAACCAGUACGAGGAGAUCCCAUACGAGGCGAUCACGUACCUUACCGGGGAAUGCAACUACGGUGGACGUGUGACGGAUGCCUGGGAUCGCAGGGCGAUUGUAACCAUUCUUGAAGACUACGUCAACGAGCAGGUAGUGAGCAAUCCCAACUACCGCUUAUCGCCCCUGGGUGAGUGCUAUGGAAUCCCGCUGCGCAACGAACACCGCGAGUAUCUGGCGCACAUAGCGAACAAUAUUCCCAACUUCCCGAGUCCCCUGGUGUACGGUCUGCAUUCCAACGCGGGUAUAACAAGGGAUCUGACCGCAUCGCGCAUUCUGAUCGACUCGAUGAUCCUCACGCAAGGCGGCACUUCCGGAGGCAGCGAUGCAGAGAUGGAGAAGCAAGUUCUAGCAACGAUCGACGAAAUCUUCACGCUACUACCGGAGGACUUCAAUAUCGAUGCCGUUAAGCGACGAUAUCCCGUAGACUACAACGAGUCGAUGAACACGGUGCUUGUGCAGGAGAUGGAACGAUUCAAUGCGCUAUUGGUCGAGAUCCGUACGAGCUGCGUUAACCUGAAGAAAGGUAUCGCUGGACUGAUCGCGUUGACGCCUCAGCUCGAGGCCGUGUUUGGGGCGAUUCAAUAUCGGCGCAUUCCGGCGAGUUGGAUGAAGAAAUCCUACCCCAGCCUGAAACCCGUUGGCGCGUACGUUGUCGAUUUCCGUGAGCGACUAGAUUUCCUGCACCGCUGGUCCAACGAAGGCAAGCCCGAUGUGUUCUGGUUGUCAGGGUUUUACUUCACACAAGCGUUCCUGACGGCGGCGAUGCAGAACUAUGCUCGACGGCACCGGAUUCCGAUCGACAUGUUGACGUACGACUUCAAGGUGUUGAAGGAGACAAACGUGGAAACGGCCCCUGAAGACGGGGUGUACGUUCAUGGGUUGUUUUUGCAGGGCGCACGUUGGGACGUCGCGAAGAGUUGUCUGGAGGAGCAACUACCAAAAAUGCUGAUCGACACGAUGCCCAUCAUUCAUCUGCUGCCAAAGAAAAUAGCCGAAUUGAGUGAGGGCACUCGCUACAAAUGUCCGGUGUAUAAGACGGCCGAACGCAAGGGCACCCUAUCAACCACCGGUCAUUCGACGAACUACGUACUGCCGGUGUUGCUAGGGACGCGUGUUCCCGCCAACCAUUGGGUGAAGCGAAGCGUAGCCUUGCUCUGUCAAACAUCCGAAUAG